AUGUUACUGCUUGUCGUGGCGGGGGUGCACACAAGGCUGGUGCUCCUGUGGCAGAACAACGCCGAGGCCGAUCGCUAUUGCACGGACGAACCCACAGCUGUGCAGGUCAGCGUGGACAGGCGCCGCGCAACUCUGACGGCUAUCUGCAUGGCUAAAGUGAACGGGCUGUUGGAGGUCACAGCUCUGAUAAGUGGUGAUGUCACCCGUUGCAACAUCCCCGGUAACACCUUCCGCCGCGCCAUUGCCCGGCUCAUGUCGAAGGGGGCCACCGCGGGCCUCGUCUCGGGGCGAGCGAGAGAGCAGGCCGCCGCCGCCUUGCCGGCCAACCUGCCCCACCUCCGGUCCGUCGGCGAGCUGUCGCGCGUUUCGGAGAGAGACCCGACCCACACCCGAUGGAGCAAGAGACCCCAUAGCCUUGGUUUGUUUACCAGCGGCGUCAGCAGGGACCUGGGGGCCGGUGCGGUGGCGAAGACCUUAGUCGCGAAAACUAUAUCGGUGACGAUGUUCCGCGGUCCGCGAGCGACGCCGCCGCCGACACGGGUAAAGCUGGGAGGCACCGUCAGCAAGGACAUGGCAGCGGCGGCGGCGGCGGCGGGCACAGCCGAAGGUUAUUUGUUCGAGUAG